GCUCUUCAAAAUCACUCAAACUUUGAUACAUCUCCUUUCCUUGUAGCAAAAACAAGAAGCCUAUUUUCUUUGAGCUUAACUUAGUCAUCGUAAUGGCAGGUCUCAAGUUGGUUAGCCUUCUUCUUCUUUGCAUGGUGGUUGCACCAAUGACUACCCAGGCCAUAACAUGUGGUCAAGUGGCAAGCAGCCUGGGUCCAUGCCUAAACUACCUAAAGGGUGCAGGAGGAACGGCGCCAUCAGCUGCAUGCUGCAAUGGAGUGAGGGGCAUCAACAGCGCUGCUAAAACCACAGCUGACCGUCAAACAGCGUGCCAGUGCUUGAAAAGUGCUGCCAAUGGCAUUCCUGGGCUCCAGCCUAAGUUGGCUGAAUCUCUCCCUGGCAAUUGCAAUGUUAACAUUCCUUACAAGAUCAGCCUCUCCACCAACUGCCAAAGCAUCAAGUGAGAAAGAGAUAGAGGUAGGGUAGCGUGAAGAAUGAGAAGAAUAAAAAGAGUGCUUGUAGCUAUUGGCACUCCAGAUGAUAAGAUGGAGUAGUCUCCACUUUAGCGAGUCUUUCCUUCUUGUCCUUAGUGUCGUUUGUAGUUUUACCUGUUCUUACUCUUUACUGUCUCGUCCUUAUUGGGUCCUAUUAAUUAUGUCUUAAAUUAAAUCUAUCUUUAUAUGCUUAA